UGACAUAAACCGUCGAGAAGCUUCGCCUGUGGCACUUUGCUUCUUGAAAAGGCGAGCUCAUAGACACGCAUCAUCUAUUCUGCUCAGUGCAGGGAGCGCGCGCCGUCUUCUCUUCUGAAGAGGCUGCGCGUAAACGGUGCCGUGCGUCACACGUACGCGCGCUGCAGUUUCUUUACAAUUACUGUUGUUAUAAUUACUGCUUCUGCUUGUUCGAAUCCUGGUGACUGCAAGGUUGAAGGACACCGGAAAAGGCUGCCUGUGCACGCAGCGGAUGCGGUGACACCCGCGGGUUCGAGUGCGCAAAGGCACCUGUGGAUGCGCCUGAUGUUUGGACUCAAACCUGCUGCAAAGAAACCGUUCACCGCAGCGUUUAGUAGAUAGCAGAUCAGACGACAUCGCACCAUGCUCCUGACUUUUUCCUCCGUGCUCGUGCCGCUGCUGAGCGCGAUCACGGGCUGCGGCUCGUCGUACGUGCCGUGCGAGCCGUGCGAUCAGAAGGCGCUGUCCAUGUGCCCGCCGGUGCCGCUGGGCUGUCAGCUGGUCAAGGAGCCGGGCUGCGGCUGCUGCCUGACGUGCGCGCUCGACGAGGGCCAACCGUGCGGCGUCUACACCGGGCCGUGCACGCGCGGGCUCCGGUGCCUGCCCAAGAACGGCGAGGAGAAGCCGCUGCACGCGCUCCUGCACGGCCGCGGCGUCUGCACGAACGAGAAGCUGUACAAACUGCUGCAGACGUCAAAAGACAGAGAAUCCCGGGAUGACGCCAUGCUCGUUGUCCCAGAGUCCAUGCUGCCCCAAUCUAAGGUGCCCUUAUAUGGCAGAGACCACAUCAGCAGUCGGAAGGCCCAGGCCAUGAAGCACGCCAAGGACCGCAAGAAGCAGCUCGCCAAGCUGAGACAAACCAGCAGCCUGGAUUACUCAGUGCACGGCCUGGAUAAACUGGAGCCCGAGGGCCCCUGCAGGAGGCGACUGGACAAUCUCAUUCAGAGCAUGAAGGACACGUCUCGGGUCUUUGCUUUGUCGCUCCACAUCCCCAACUGUGACAAAAAGGGCUUCUUCAAACGCAAGCAGUGUAAACCGUCACGUGGUCGCAAGAGGGGCAUCUGCUGGUGUGUGGACCGUUUCGGAGUAAAAAUCCCCGGUAUCAGCUACGCUGGAGGAGAGCUGCAGUGUAAAGACCUUGACAGCAACAGCAACAGCAACGAAUGAACCACCUGCAUUGCGUUGUUGUACAUGUUGAGCCCUGUUGUGUUUUAAAACCUGCCAAUCAAGCUCACACACGUAAUGACUGGCAAUCACCAAAAAAAAAAAACACCUGGCACAAACACUUACUGACAUAAACGAUAGGUGUGAUGGACUGAGAUGUUUAUUUGAAGGAAAUAAGCUGAAACAAUCUGCACCUUUCCUGAUUUUGUAAAGUUUGAGGUAAAUCCCUCAUAUCUUUAUAUCCAUAGGUAAUAGAAAUGAUAUAUAUUUGUAUGAUAUGAAUAGCAUGUUGUGUACUGAGUGGCAAACUACACACACACACACACACACAUAUAUAUAUAAA